CUGCUAUUCCCACCUACCCCUACUCCCACCCCCAUCGCACGGAAGCACGACGAUAAAACGCCCACGCUCUUCCAUCUCUGCCAUAACAAACGCAAAGCUGCUCCAUCAUCUUCCUCUUUGUUUCUCUUUCAUCUGUUGACCUCUGCAAGAAAACAAUGGGAUCGGAGCAGGAGAAGAAGGCCGCCGCCACGGUGGAAGUGGAAGGCAUCCCGUUCCCGCGGGAAAUCGCCGGCGCCAAGACGCUCUCGCUCGUCGGCCAUGGCGUCACAGACAUUGAGAUCCAUUUCCUUCAGAUCAAGUUCAACGCCAUCGGGGUCUACCUCGACGUCGACGGCGCCAUGGAGCAUCUGCAGGGCUGGAAGGGGAAGAGCCAGCUGAUGGAGGACGAGGCUUUCUUCGACGCCCUGGUCUCCGCUCCGGUGGAGAAGGUGCUGAGGUUGGUGGUGAUCAAGGAGAUCAAGGGGUCGCAGUACGGCGUGCAGCUCGAGAGCUCCGUCAGGGACCGCCUCGUGGCGGCGGACAAAUACGAGGACGACGAGGAGGAGGCGCUCGAGAAGGUCUCCGACUUCUUCCAGUCCAAGUACUUCCGGCCCGGCUCCGUCGUCACCUUCCACUUCCCGGCCACGGUCACCGCCGCGCCAGAGAUAUCGUUCGUGACGGAAGGCAAGGAGGAGGCCAAGGUGGCGGUGGAGAACGCGGCCGUGGCGGAGAUGAUCCAGAGGUGGUACCUUGGCGGCGAUUCGGCGGUGUCGCAGACCACCGUCAGGAGCAUCGCUGAUAGUUUCGCGGCAAUGCUCACCUCACCAUGAUUCUUUUUUUACAAGUGCUGCUUACCUGCUUUUGCAAUAAAUCGAUAAGUCACGAUGAAAUAUUUCAAAAAACACUUGCUGGCGAAGCCCUACCGGUCCUUUGGCAACUCGAUCCAAACGCUGUACAAAUUAUUUCUAAAAUUUUCAUAAAUGACACUUUAUUAUUUAAAUAUUACACCCGGUCUCUGAAUAA